AUGGCACUCUUACGCAUGAAUCCGACACCUGUUCACCAAGUUCAUCCGUAUAUCCGGAUCAUACUACUCGCCACUCUCCUAAACUGCGCGUUGACAAUCCUCUUUUUCUCUCAUCUCAUUUUCUUUCCAGCACUUUCUAGCUCACAUCUGCCGCUCGAAACAUUCAGAUCAUCAGUCAAGCAUGUUUUGCGACCGUUGGUGAGCGGGCCAGAUAUAUCGGAGUCAUGCAUCGAAGGACACCGAGAAACCCUUGCCUCGGGAUACACCAUCGAGUUCAAAUGUAACAUGUAUCGACAGGGAGUUAGAUAUGAUGAGGUGUCUUCGUAUGAUGAGUGCGCAGCUAUCUGCAAGUCACUGGACAUCGAUGUAUGCUCAUACCAUCCACCAUCCAAACGAUGCGUUGUAUCCAACCUUCAUGGAAGAGAUAUUCCUCGAGAAGGUGUCUAUUACAUGACCAAAGUUAACGAAGACGAGAGCGAGGACGUCGAUUCUUUCGACAAUGAUGACCCGUUCGAAGAGGCGGCAGCUCAAGAAAGAGCCGACUUCCUUUAUCGCAUCGCUCUCCUCGAAGCCGAAUUGAAUGUUUGUCGCGCUGGAAAUAAUCCGCCAACUCCUCCUUUAUGUGGCGUUCAAGGCGUCGCUAUCCACGGCUGCAUCGACAUGAUAAGAGCUUCCACUGUUGACGCCUGCAAAGCGAUUUGUCUCGCCAAUCCAUCAUGUCAAGCUUACUCUGCGUCCGAUGAACCGGGAGAUUGGUGUUAUAUCUUUGACAAACCGCACGAGGGACUGACGGCAGAUUAUCACCGCCACUUGCAUACAUAUGAUCGCGACUGUUAG